GAAAAUCCAGAGCAUGUUAGGAAGGAGAAGCGUAUAUUUUAGAGUGCAGAAGAAGACUCCAGGCUGAUGAGUGCAUGGCUGAAAUGUUCACUAGAUUCAAUUCAAGAGACUAUGGUUUCCAAUGAUAUACCAAGACCACUUGAACAGAAAGCAGCAAAGAGAGCACUUUAUGAAUCAAAGGGACAACAACCAGCAGAUGGUGAUGAUGAUGAUGUACAAGUCCUCAAAGAAGCACAAACAAAUAGAAUGAAGAGGCGCCUAUGUUUAGUUCCCACUAUCUAUGCAUUUACUUUUUUUUUUGUGAUCAUGCGCAUGAAUGUGAAGAAUUGCCUAUGUGUUCCCACUAUGGAUGUGUAUAUAUAGGACCUAUGUAUACAUACUAGCUGUUCUGUACAAACAUCUUGUGAUGGCUACUAGCACAUCAUCGGCAGGUGAACUGGGAGAACAUGCCUCUCUUGAUGAUCUUGUUCUGGAUCCAUACCAGUUUCAGGGUGCCCCAUGCGAAGAUCAAUCAGUAUCCCACCCAAGAUAUAUGGCUCAUGGACAAGAGAUACUUCUAGCCUUCUCAGGGAAAGACAUUUACUUGGUUCUAGUAAAUUACAGUCACUUUUUAUUCAUCUGGGCCCUUUGUCUCAUCAGAUUUAGAUGAUGUAGAGAUGGGAGAAGAAACACCAGUUUUAGAUGAUGCAGAGAUGGAAGAAGAUGAACUUUCUGAUUCAGAGUUCCAUGAUAUUGACCCCGCAGACAUAUACACUAUGGAAGAUUUCAUGGUAGAAGAAGAAAUAAUGGCAAAAAUAGAAAAUAGAAUUCAUGAGAAGAGGAAAGUUGGAGGUGCUAAUUAGAAUGCUAGCAUAUGGAACCUUAGCAGACCAACUCGAUGAGGAGUUAAAAAUUGGUGAAAGCACUGCUUUGGAGUGUUUGGGAAAAUUUGCCAAAGGGAUCAUCGAAUGUUUUGGCUCUGAGUACUUGCAUCCACCAACAGUACAAGAAAUUGAAAAACUAGUCCAAGAUAAUGAGGCCCAAGGUUUUCCAGGAAUGUUAGGAAGUAUAGACUGUAUGCAUUGGAUAUGGAAGAAUUGUCCCAAAGCAUGGAGAGGAAUGUUCACUCGUGGUGACAAAGGAAUGCCUACAAUGAUCCUUGAAGCGGUAGCAUCACAAGAUCUUCGAAUCUGGCAUUGCUUCUUUGGUGUAGCGGGUGCUCAGAAUGACAUCAAUGUAUUGAACAAGUCAUCAUUGUUCAUUGAAGCGAUAAAAGGGAAAGCUCCACGGGUUCAUUACAACGUAAAUAGGAAUGAUUAUGAAGCUGGGUACUAUCUUGCCGAUAAAAUUUAUCCAGAAUGGGCGGCCUUUGUCAAGUCUAUAUCAAGACCUCAAACAGAGAAAGACAAAUUGUUUUCAGUGAAACAAGAAUCGGUAAGAAAGGAUGUUGAGUGUGCAUUUGGUGUUUUGCAAUCUCGUUUUAAUAUUGUUUGUCGGCCAGCACGCUUUUGGCACCGGGAAGAUGUUGUGAACAUAAUGCAAACUUGCGUUAUUCUUCACAACAAGAUAGUUAAUGAUGAAAAGGAGUUAGUUAAAAUUCCAAUCGAUUUGAAUGAAAAUCCUAGUGCAUCAUUUGCACUGCCGCCCGAAGUUGGUACAUCUUCAAAUCCAAACCAGAAAUAUGCGGCUCUUCUGCGGAGACAUGCACAUCUUCAUGAUCGACCAACCCAUGUCAAGCUCCAAGAUGAUUUAGUAGAACAUAUAUGGCAUCGCUUUGGAUAGAAAAAAUAGCUCAUAUAUUUAUCUAUGCAUAUAUAACUUAACUAUAUGUUAUCUACCUAUGGAUGUAAUGCGUAAUGUCAUUUUAAGUACUAAGUAUGUCUAAAAUAUUGCUGAGGUGUGU